CUAAACAAAGACAAGACUAUACGACACGCUUGAAAUUCGAAUUAUUACCUGGCCAGGACCACAAAAAAUCAAUCAAUCACAAAGUGAAGUAAUGCAUUUUGUAGAAUGCUUCGUGAAUUUAAAAUGUAAAUAAAUAGAAAAACUGUUCACAUACAUCAUUAAUUUCCUCUAAAUUGCAGUGAAAAGUGUUGUUUUUAUAAUUUGACAAUGUUGGGGCAGCGGCCGAGGUUUAUAAAGCCAGGUGAAGAUGAAACCCUCUACCCGACAAGAAACAAAGAUGGGGUUAUUGAAACAUUAGUUAAUCCUAACGUAGAUGCCGCACUAUCAGUAGACAAUGACUCUAGAACUUCAUUUGUUUACAAUCGGUAUCAUCAUCUGCCAUUAGACGCUCAGCGGCAGAGGUUACCAGUGUUUCAGUACCGAAACCAUAUUUUGUAUCUUCUGGAGAGGUAUCAAACGCUGGUGCUGAUCGGUGAAACUGGGUGCGGGAAGUCUACGCAAGUGCCCCAGUAUCUGCACGAGAUAGGCCACAAGGUGUGCGUGACGCAGCCUCGCGUCGCCGCCGCCGUUUCGCUCGCGUGCCGCGUCGCUGACGAGCGCGGCGACCAGUUAGGCGAUGGCGUCGGUUAUGCCGCAGCCAGCACUAACUGUAGGAAUACAAGCACUGGGAUUGUUUUCAUGACUGAAGGAGUUCUUCUACGAGAAAUGUUUGCGUCUCCACUCCUCAUGCAGUAUUCCUGCAUCAUUCUUGAUGAGGUGCAUGAAAGAACACAAAUGACUGACGUUUUAAUGGGUCUCCUGAAGAAGAUUAUCAAGAAACGCAAAAACCUAAAACUAAUAGUAUCAUCAGCGACCAUGGACGCGGAGUUUCUCCGCGACUUCUUCAAUUUGACGGAGAAGAAGGAGAACAAAGCUAGCACUUCUACGAUAUUGUCUAUGCAGGGGAGGACGCAUCCUAUUGAUGUUUUUUAUAGCGAGGAACCGGUCCCAGAUUAUGUGAAAGCCACAGUUGACACCGUCAUUAAAAUACACGAAAACGAGCCUUUUGGAGAUAUACUGGCGUUUUUGACUUCACAGGAAGAAAUCCAAACAGCUCUAGAAACUCUACAAGCAUACGCGGACACGAAUAAUGCAACGAACAAGCAUCGAUCCCACUUCCCUUCAGGUAUCAAGGCGGCUGAUAUGUUGCCGGUGCCUAUGUAUGGUAGUUUGCCUCAUUAUAGACAAGUUAAGGUGUUCCAGCGAACGGACAACAAUCAGAGGAAGGUGAUCCUCGCCACCAACAUCGCCGAGACUAGUGUUACUGUGCCCGGCGUCGUCUACGUAAUAGACAGCGGCUUCCACAAGCUGCCGUACUUCGACCCCGCGGUAGGAGUAGAGAGUUUGGCAGUCACGCCUAUAUCUAAGAACAACGCCACACAACGCGCGGGGCGGGCCGGCAGGACUAGUCGCGGGAAGUGUUAUAGAUUAUACACAGAAGCUGAAUACGAGAAACUACCUCCGUCCGUGCCGCCAGAGAUGUGCAGAAGUGAUCUAUCCGGCAUGCUGCUUCAGCUGAAGGCGUUGGGUAUUCAUAAUUUGCUCAGGUUCACAUUCCCGACUCCCCCACCAGCUAAGAGCAUACUAUCAGGACUAGAAACUCUCUACGCGUUGAACACUAUCAACAAGUUGGGGGAAUUAACUCCCCGGGGGGAAACCGUCGCCGAGUUGCCCCUCAAACCCAUGUGUGCUGUCAUGCUGUGUAAUAGCGGAGAAUGGGGUUGUAUAGACGAGAUUCUAUCUAUAGCGGCCAUGUUGCAAGUGGACAAUGUAUUCCUCAAGCCCAGCAGUGGGAAGGAUAAUAUAGCUGCUAAAGUUAGCAGGAGAAAUCAUUUCGAGGUAGCGGAAGGCGAUAUAAUAAUGUACUUGAACAUAAUGCAAGCGUACCUCAAAUUGAAGACAUCACAAGAUGACAAGAGAAAUGCUAAAGUCUGCAAACAGUGGUGCCAGAAGUAUUACAUUAAUUAUAAAGUUAUGGAAAAGGCUUGUGAAGUGCGAGACAGUUUAGAGAAACUCAUCAAAAGAAAGUUCCAAAUUGAAGAAAAAGUGUUCGAUGGCAUAGAUUUGGGUUCAGGUAAAACUCAACGUGUAAUGAAAUGCGUGUUAUCAGGCUACUUCCCGCAGGCCGCUCAUCUCAGCGCAUCAGCGACGUUCCGCGGCAUUCGAGGCGCGGAGCUACACAUCAGUCCUGAUUCUUGUCUGUUUAAUACGCAACAGCCUAAAUGGGUAAUGUUCGCAAGCGUACAAAGCACAGGCGACAAGACGUACAUGCGAGAGAUGAUGACCAUACAACAAGACUGGUUAUUAGAACUGGCGCCGCAUUAUUAUAAGCAGACUUAGCAAUAAAUGUUGUUUUUUGGUUUA